UAUCACUUCCUUUUUAGACUUUGGUUAUUCCAGUGAUUAUUUGGAGUGAAAAUAUCAACUCAACAUAACUGAAGAAAGAGAGACAGAGAUAAGAGAAACCUUGUGGACAGAAUAGAGGAAGGUCGCCAUUUGCUAGUGACAGACAGAUAGAGAGGAAGAUAAUCGGUCUCCCCGCAACGACUUCUCAGCCAUGGAAGGAAUUAAUUUACAGAGAUUUACACGUGGGCUCACCGAAAACCUGGAGCCACCAGUGAGGCAGCACCUUAAGAAUGUGUACGCCACCUUCACUCUGGCCUCCAUUGCUGCGGCAGCUGGCGGGUAUGCCCACAUGUACAGUACACUGGUAGGGGCUGGGCUGCUGACGGGACUGAGUGCGCUCGGCUCCCUCUUGUGGCUCAUGAUGACUCCCUAUGAUGGCAAGAACCAGCUGCAGCGUAUCUCCCUUCUUGGCUCCUUUGCUUUCUUCACUGGCUGCAACCUUGGCCCUCUGCUUGACCUGGCCAUGAUUGUCAACCCCACACUGAUCAUGCAGGCUCUUCUUGGGACCAGUGUUGUGUUCGCCUGCUUCUCCCUCUCGGCCCUGUAUGCUCCACGCGGCCACUAUCUUUACCUUGGCGGCACUCUCUUCUCUGCCCUCUCUACCCUCUUCUGGCUCUCCAUGCUCAACAUCUUCUUCGGAUCGAGGCUCAUCUUCCAGGUGAACCUGUACCUGGGCCUGCUGGUGAUGUGUGGGUUCAUCGUCUUUGACACCCAGAACAUCACAGAGAAAGCGCGCCGUGGGGACAAAGAUUACGUCAUGCACAGUGUGGAGCUCUUCAUUGACUUUGUGGGUGUGUUCAAGCGCCUGCUCAUCAUCCUUACUGACAAGGAGGCCCAGAGCAACAAAAAACGGAGGAGGGACUAAUGGAAUGAAGACAGCUAGUCGUAGUGAACUCUAGGGUUAAGCAUUUUGGCUGACAAGGGACAAUAGGAAAGGACCCAAACUCAAAUUGCAGUUGCCAGAUUCACUAGAUAGCCAGAUUACUGCAAGAUGAUGCUGGCCAUCUCCUGAAUUAUACCUGCUGGUGAACACUGAAAAUUUGACAGUUUGGGUCCUCUCCUGUUAAGACACAAGUUAUGUUUUACCUUUUCUGCAGUUUUUAACAUGUUGGUGUACUGUUGUUCAUUUACACCACAUUUGUACCACCAGCAAGAGCUACCCUACACCUGCUUUCCUUGUUGAUUUUCUUUAGUAUCUCCUAAUUUAUUGUUUCCAAAGGUGAAGGCUUGAGUUUUCUUCUAUUACUGGAGAAAAAGGAGCUUGUAUAGUUUCAGUUGUUUUAAGAUUCAUGGGUUGGAGUCUUGUUCUUGUGGUGUGAGCUGCAAGAGUCACAAAGUACUGAGGUGAAGGUACUAGGCUGGGAACAUUCACUGGUAUUCUAGUGCAGUUUUCAGUGGGGUAUUCAUCUGAAAAAAUAAAAUCUCUGAAGAGGAUAAUUUUUCUACAAGUCUUAUUCCUAGAGCAGAAUAUCAUGUCCAUCCUUUCUAUAAAUUCACUAAAGGCAGCGUCACACUAGCACUUUUUCUGUUGUUGUCAACGAUUUCCAUUGUAUUUUUUACUGUUCUGUCAACUCUUCUGUCAUCUUGAAUUAGAUGAAAUGCACCGUUUUUCUCUAGUGUCAAUUUUUAGUGAAAUUAAGAUCUAUGGCUUUUAAUCAAUACUUUUAUGAUAAAAUUUAUUUUCUUGUUAAUUGGGUUGAUGUUAUAAUUCCAACUUAAGAGAAUCUUAAGUUGAUUUAUAUAUAUUUGUAUGUACAUUUUUUUUGCCCUAGCCAUGUGUGAAAAGUGGCUCAGUUUGUUUACAUUUCUCUAGGACUGUGAUGCUCCAGGGCAGAACUUCCAAGUAGUAAUUGGCAAAGAUGAGCAGUUCUGUUGUUUAUCAGUGGACAAAGCUGUCUGCAGAGUUUCAUAGAUAACAUUAAGGGCCUUCCACACAAGGGGCAAAUGCAUGGCAGGCAGUCAGUUUUACCAAUUUUGUGGUAUGGGUGGCAAUCAUGAGUGCAGAUGAUAUCAUAGACAAAGAAACCACGGGGAAACCAUCAAAAUGCCCUUUAUUGUUAAGGCACUGGAUGGGCGCCUGACUAGGGACCAUGUAUCCAGACACACAAUGUUACAAGUUAACACCAAGCCCUCUGUGGGUAUCUAUCAAUUGUAGAGUAGAUGGAGUGAGAUCAUGUCUGUACCGACAGUAGUGAAAAAGUUUAGCCCACACAACUGUGACUGAACUCUGCCCUCUGCCCGGCAUCUGGCCCAAGUCAUAUGUUCGCCUGCCUGUGCCUACUGCCUGCCUUAAUUGGACUGUUUGAUCUGGUAAGACUGUUUCAAAGCGAGAGAAUUAUGGGCAAAGCAGAGUGCUAGCCGUGCAUUUGACCUGUGUGUGGAAGGGCCUUUAGAGGUAAAAAAUAACAACGGCAGAAUGGCAACGGCUUGCUGGGGGUGAAGGGGCAGACAUGUUUAUUUACAGUUGACAAAUGUGUGUGACAAUGAAGGUCGACAAAAGUUGACAGUCUUCAGCAAAUUGACUAAAAAAAUUGAUGGAAAGUGCUAGUGCGUCACCGCUUUAAGAAUACUGAUAAAAGCAUUUUCCCAAGGGCAAAGAACAUGAGUGUAAGUGUUUUUGAAAAAUCUUAACAUCAGAAAACAAGAGGAUGGUUGACUAAGUAGUUACAGUAUUGAGUUACACCUACAAAUUCAUACCAGAGAGUUUUUAUUUUGGUACUUUUAAUAAUGUGAGACCAGAAAUAUAAAUGCAAUUACACCCUAGUUAAUAUUUUUGCAAGCCAGAGGUAGGUGAUCUAACACUGAUGGUAAUGAGUCAGCUUGUGUGUGUGUGUGAGAAGAUCCACACACACAAAGCCACACAUUCCUCACAUAGGAGUAAACUUGCAUCUCGUGAAGUAAUGAGCCUCAGGAAUUUCCUCUUGGUGCCUUCCACUACAAGAGAGAGAGUAAGAAGACUCAGCGAUACAUUUGGUUUUCAAGCACUCUUAGGAUACAUCAAGUUUGAUAUGUUUCCCUCUUGCUCUGAGCUAAUGUAUCCAUUUACUGGCAAUAGUGGAAAGUUUACUUGGAUUUCAGUAUUUGCUUUGGGUUUACAUGUAUCCAUUGUCACUGCCAAAAUAAUAAAAUAUAGUUACUUUGUAAGAUGCACAGAACUGUGUGUUUUGGUAUCAGCUGUUGUACAUUGUCCCAGUAGCAUAGUGUUUAAUAAGCAGAGGUUACCUACGAACUGGCUAUAUUGUACAUGGAGGCUUGAUUUUAGUGGGGAAUGAUGUUUGUAUAACCAGAUUAAUGUAUCAUUUCUUUCUAUUCAAAGUGUAUAGUCAUAUUUACAUUUCCUAUUUGUCAGAAGGACAUUAUUUUUUUUCUUUUUAUGGGGAUAACUUUAUAUUAAACACCUGACAGCACUUUUGUGAUUAUCUGUCUUAUGAGUUUGGAAAAGAAUAAAACAGUGGAAAGAUGAAGCUUGGUAACUUUGCAUUCAGCACAUGUGAUUCACUAAAAUGACCACUUUCAGUUUGAUUGUCACAGAGCAGUGUUUGGACGUUUUAACCUUCCCUCAGGACAGGUAGUCAUGGUGAUGCUGUGCCAGGUAUUGAGUGGGCAAGCCCCAACACCCAUGUAACCUGUUCAUGGCCACGCAGGAACUCUGAAGUGCUGCUGUGAGCCAUAUGACUUGCAGGCUGAGGUUCACUUUCAUAGUCUGCUGCUGUGUAUCUAUUGGUAACCAAGCCCUCCUGGGAACUUACAUUUUUCAAAAGAUCACAGACCUACAUUUUACAUGAUAACCUUGUAUUAACCAAAGACUCCUAUGAAUGUAUUCACAUGCAUCAAAAUAGUUUCCCUUGCAUUAUUGCUUCCCUAUUUUCCAGCCACUGUGCUGUGUGAUUUCAUUGGUUUAGCACUUUUAUUAAUUUCAUUGACGGCAAAACUAAACAAUUCUGAAAGUUUGGUAGGUUAUCUGCAAAGCAUGAAGACGAUACAGGCGUUGUUGUGUUUGCUGCUUUGAUGGAAAGCCGUCAGACUGAGGAUUGGUUAUGUUUGGCACACUUACAUCUCAGACUAUGGAAUUGUCCCAGGUUGUGCUGAAUAUUUCACUGAGGCAUCCAGGUUGUGGAGGAAACAGGACCUUGACCCAUGAGCAGAUAGGAAUAGUUACCAAUGACAUGAUAUGCCAGUUGCAGAUGCCAUGUAUAGAAUGUGUGGGUGUUGCCUUCACAGUCCUUGUCCUGUUGCCUAUCUAUUACUUAUCACUGCUGUUAUAUAUUUAUCAUUAGCUGUGUAUAAUUUGCUUGAUGAAACUACUAGCCGAUAUGUUGAGAGAGUGUCAAAAGUGAACCUGAGCUAUGCAGUAUGCUUGCUUAUGUUUUGUUUCUCUGUGCAUUGAGGCUUAAUAAGAGUUCCAAUGGAAUGUGUAUAAGUAUGCAACUGGCUGGUGUGAUAUGUGGCAACUUUCACAAUUCAUCAAAAACAUGCCUCACUUUUGUAGCUGGGAAUGAGAAAUUCAAAUGAAGGCUUUGGAGUAUGAUAUACAGUUGUCUCAAGAAAUAGUGUCACAAAAGUCAGCAAAACAGUAGAGCAUGAGGCAACUACUUAGGCCAGCUGUACACUGUCGCUAACUUAUGACCUUCCCAAAGUUAUUCAUUCAUCAUCACUGGUAUUGAAGGUCAUUCUUACAGAAGGUAUAUGAUUAAUCCCAGACUAAUUGGAGAUGUGAGGAUCAAAAUGCCAUUGUUAGCGAGUAAAACACAUUGGUCUCUGUUCUCAAACAUCUCAGCAUCUAAAUCAACAAUUUUUAAUGGGCUGUAGUGGACGUUAUUAAAGUUUUCAAAGCCAUAUCUAUGAUUUGCGCUAGUUUAACCAAGAUUCUGCACUGUUGAUGAGAAAAAGCAUUGAAAACAUGACGAACAUCCUCUGUGGCCUGUGAAAAUAUCCUGAGAUUUUGAAAUGUGGAAGAAUAUAGGCCCUUGUUCUCUAGGUUGGCAGCUCAGUAGAGACAGGGUAAUGAGAGACAGGGUAAUGACAAACCAAACGCAUCACAAACUGACGGUCAGGGUAAUGAGAGACAGGGUAAUGACAAACCAAACGCAUCACAAACUGACGGUCACAGAUACUCAUCACCAUAACCAUGAAUUAUAAUAAAUUUCUCCCUUAUUGUCUGUGAAGGAGCAUUGUACUUUUUACCCCGUUUGCUCAUGUACCAGCCAGGGACUUGAUAACGUUUGUCUAAGAGGGGAAGUGAGUAGGUUUGUGAGGGAGGCAGUAUGUGUAAAGUGAUGCGUGGGUUUGUCGUAUACAGGUGUUUUGAAGGCGUCCAUAAUCGCGAAAAGAGAAUGAAAAAGAAAUAUUAUUGUAUCUUGAUUUUCUGGAUGUCAGUUGAUGUCACCAUUACUAAUAAAGUACUUUUUCAA